UGGCCUCGGUACUCGAAUAAUAAUAAAAUAGAAAUGUACGACGCGUUGGAACGCUGCCCAGGUGCCUACUGCGGGCGAUCGCCUCUGGGGAACGACACCUGGAGCAGCUGCGGGGUCUGUCCCCGAGGAUCCCGGGUGAACGAGGCCUACGCCUGCUCCCCGUGCCGCGACGAACUGACCACGUACUCCUGGCUCUACCUGGGCUUCAUGACCAUGCUGCCGCUCAUGAUGCACUGCUUCUUCAUCGACAUGGACGCCAAGGACCGCAAGUUCUCCCGCAAGCAGCUCAUCCUGACGGCCAGCGCCUUCGUGGAGGUGGCCCUGUCCGCCGUCCUGGCCACCCUGUUCAUGGAGCCCAUGUGGGAGCUGCGCCUGUACGCCUGCGACGUGCGGAAGCUGACCGACUGGUACACGCUGUUCUACAAUCCCAGUCCCAACUACGAGGCCCGGGUCUACUGCACCCAGGAGGCGGUCUAUCCGCUGCAGACCAUCGUGCUGGUCUUCUACUUUCUGUGCCUGGUCAACAUGUUUCUCAUCCGGCCGCUGGUGAGCAAGGUGAUGGAUGUGGGGGGCAGGAGCAAGGCGCCCAUUUACUCGGCCCUCUACUUCCUGCCCCUCCUGACCUUUAUCCACGCUCUGGGAUGUGGUUUGAUAUACUACUCCUUUCCCUACCUGAGCGUGGCCAUUUCCAUGGUGGCCAAUGCCAUCCACUAUUCCCUCAAACUGGACCAAACGCUGAAGGCUUUGGUUCACUCCUCGGUGUGGGAGCUCAAGAACGUGGUCAUUAUAGCUGUCCACUGGAUGCUGCUGGCCUAUGGGAUCACGUCGCUGAAUUACCACUACGCCUUCAUGUGCCUCGUGCCCUUUCCCACGCUCUUCUACAUCCUGACCGUGCGCUUCACGGAUCCGGGCGAGUUCCGGGAGCUGGAGUCGCGGAUUUGAUGCGGCGACGUGCAGAUGCAAAUCUUCCACGCCCGCGGCGCCAGACGAUCGACUGUUGUUAUCUAUGUGUAGUGUACGCGUCGCUUAAUUUAUUUACACUUAGUGCGUAGUUUAGAUCUUGGCUUGUUUCGAUUUUCAUGUACUUUAAAUCAAACGAAUUCUGUGAAGCUGAAAAUCGAAACAGGCCCUCUAGUGUACUUGUCGUUUAGCCCUAAUCCACUCAUCGUUCUCUUCGUUUUUAAUUAUAUUUCACAUUAAUUAUACACAUAUAGUAAUAUUAAAUACAAAUCAUCAGUUUCCCAUCUCUAAAA